AUGGAUGAUCGAAGUUCGUGCGAUGCGCACGCAUCUCAACCACGAGGAAUGGAGGUAGCGAUCGAUGAAAGUUCGCCUUCGACACAAUCCGAAGGUUCGAAGAAGCCGGGCCACGCCUCCUUCCUCCUGCAGGUUAGUUUGCUGGUAGCAGUGGUCGUUUUCGGCUGUGCGAACAACAUUGCCAAGCAAAUCGCCGCACAGCCCCUCAAGCGCUACACUUACAUGCUGGGGCUUUCCACCGCAGUCGCAUAUGUUCCGCUAUACUGGUUCAUUUUGACGCUUCUGCUGCUCGUCGGAGUGGUGCCCAAAUCCCAGCUCCGCUUCGUCUGGCAGCGGGGCGCCGAAGGCGACGGUGUGGCCUCUGCCACGCCUGCAGUGGCUCUCCUUUUUGUGUCGGCCCUGGGGGACUCUCUCGGCGACACCAUCGGGGCUAUUUGCACUCCUCACGUCAGCGGCCCGCUGCACUCCUUGCUGUCGAAUUGCACGCCCAUCUUCAUCGCCGUCCUCUCUAUGUGCCUUCUCGAAGAGCGUUACUCGCUGAUGCAGUCUCUGGCACUGCUGGGGGUCCAACUCUCGGUCUUCGCGGCAGUAGUCGGACCCCGAGCUGCGAUGAAAACGACGGGGGGCAUUCUGCACAUGAGCCGCGCCUCGCGGCCGCCAGAGGUCACGGGCUUGCUGCCUGCCUUGGAGGGUCUCAGCGCGACCACCGAGCCAGUCUUCGCCGUCAUCUUGGGAGGCACUGUAAGAUGCGAUCUCUUCUCUGAGAUUCGGUUUGGGUGUGCAGGCAGCUGCAUCUUCAACGCAGCAUCUUGGAUGCAGCUGUGUCCGCCUCCGUGUCUGCGCGUCCGCGCCCGCCAUGGGUUUUCCGGUGUUAUGGCUUCUUCGAUUCCAGCCGUCUCCGCCUCGCUGCCGAUGUGCAGAGGUCGCGUUCGUGCUCAAGGAGCUCGUCUUCACGCGAUACAAGGCCAGUUCCUCCGCUGUGUCAUCUCAGAGGUUCCAGAAGUUGGCCUUGUGCAGAAACGGCAAGACGUCGAGAGUACUGCUGGCCUCAACAUCUUUGUCAUGAAUGCCCACCUGGCGCUCUUCCAGCUCCCUCUGACGAUCCUCCUGAUACCGCUCAAUGUGCUGCUGAAGCAGACCCAUGGCGAAGGCAUCGGUGCCUACACCCGGGAAGCCCUGGACUGCGUCUUCGGUGGACGGGCAGAGAGCUGCGGUGAAGAUUCGAACCACGGGGAGCUGGCCGGCCGCUGCGUCGGCAUCUACGUGAUCUUCAACGUGCUUUGGAACAUGGCCGUGCUAAUGUCUGUGAAGCAUUCAGGAGCGCUGGCCACUUUCAUCGCCUUGAAGGCAAUUUUCCCGGUCUCAACGGUGCUCUUCGCCUACGUCGACUGGCCCCUGCUGGGCCCGACGGAGUUGUCCGGUCUGGUCUGGCUCUCCAUCCUUUUGCUGCUGCCCUCGAUCGCCGCUUACCAGUAUGCCACGCAGUUGCAGGUGCAGCGUGCGCUGGGGCACCCCUCGCGGGGCCUUUGUUGUUGGCCCCUUGGUCAGCGUUCCCCAGCAGCUCGAGGGUCAUUGCGGGGCGCGCGGGACGAGCUCGCUGUCGCUGGCUAG